CCGAGAUGAUGAGGGCCCUGGGGUACCCCCGCCUCAUCUCCAUGGAGAAUUUCCACACCCCAAACUUCCUGCUCGUUUCAGAAGUGCUUCUGUGGCUGGUGAAAAGGUAUGAACCUCAGACUGAUAUUCCUCCUGAUGUGGAGACAGAACAGGAUCGGGUCUUCUUCAUCAAGGCAGUGGCUCAGUUCAUGGCCACCAAAGCUCACAUAAAGCUCAACACCAAGAAGCUGUACCAGGCAGAUGGUUAUGCAGUGAAGGAGCUGCUGAAGGUCACCUCUGUGCUCUAUGGUGCUAUGAAUACUAAGGAAGAGGAAUAUGCAGAUGUGAGUGAGGAGGACAGCAGCAAGUUCAAGUUUUAUCUUGGCUCAAAGGUUGCUGACCUGAAGGCAGCUCGCCAACUUGCUUCUGAAAUCACCCACCAAGGAGCAAGUCUGUAUGACUUACUUGGCAAAGAAGUUGAACUAAGGGAAGCAAGAAGAGAAUCUAUUGCCCGACCUUUGGAGAUAAAUGAAGCUGAGAAGGGGAUGAAAAUUGCCAUUGACUGUGUUCUGGAACAAGUCCAAAAGACUAAAGACAUGUUGAAUAAUGUGGCUUUGGAUGAAUCCUAUUUGGAAGCCAGGAUUGAAAAACAAAAAUUGGAACUGGAAAGAAGCCAGAAGAGGCUCCAGAUUCUGCAAAGUGUUCGUCCUGCUUUUAUGGAUGAGUAUGAGAAGAUUGAGGAGCAGCUGCAGAAACAAUACAGCACUUACCUGGAAAAAUUCCGGAAUCUGACCUACAUGGAGCAGCUCCUGGAUGAUCAGCGACAGACAGAGCAAGAGAUGUUUGAGGAAUCAGCCAACAUGCUGCGCCUUAUGCAGAACAGGCUGAGGGAAGAGGAACAACAGCACCUGCUGAAGAGUGGAAGUAAUGAUGAUUCUGACAUAGAGAUUCAAGAGGAUGAAGGAUCCAACAGUGAAGUAGAAGACAAGCGCAACACAAAGCAGCACGUGGCCAUGGAAACACUGCUGCAAGGAAAAGCUGGCACACGGGUCGUGGGGACAAUGCAAGGUGGAGACACCGAGGAGGAUGAGGACUCGGGGGAUAGUGAGAUUGAUCUGGAUGAAGAUGAGGAGGAGGAUGAUGUGGAAGAUGACAGCAUGGAAAUCUCCCUGAGCAAAUCCAGUCACCGAGCAAGGAAGCCAGAGCCACUAGAGGAAAGUGAUAAUGACUUCUGA